AGCCGCUCCGCCAUCAGUAUCUGUAACCUAUGAACUCCCGAGUGUGCCAGACCAGUCCUCCGCCAUAUUGACUGUUGUCUUGGUUGGAGGAGAGAGAGAACAUUUUGUGGUCCGAAAAUAAACCAAAGUGUGCGCUUGGAAUUACCGAAACUGGUGCAAACUUGCCAAAACGCUUUGCAGACACCAUCGCGAUGGCAAGGAAGAAAAGCAAGCAGCAAGGCGCUGCUCAGAAGGAGCUUGUACCUGGGCAGCAGACCGUACCGAAGAAUCCAGUGUCUCCCGGCGAUGCAACUGGCGGCGGCGGAGAUGCUGGAGUGGAGAGCCCGGCCACCACCAGGGCGAACCAGCCGAUGCAUACCUGCUGCCUUUUAUGCCACCGUGAAUUUAAGGACUGGGCUGUGAACCCUGUGAACGGGCUCCCUGUGGGCACCAAACUGGGAGACGCUGUGCCUGGACUCUCCCAGGCCUUAUUCCAGAAGGCGCCGGCGGGUAAGCUGGCCCAGUCCCUGCUGGAAGAGGUGCCUCUAUGGAUCUGUCAGAGCUGCUGUAAGAGUGUGGAGGAGGAGGAGAGACGGAGUGCCCAGGAGUACCCAGCAGGGGUACCAUUGUCACACUCUUCCUCCUGUAAGUUCCAGGGCUGUGGGAAUGGUUACCCAGAGCAAAGUACUGUGGAUUGGGACCCAAGUUCCUUCCUGUCAGCCCACAAACUGUCUGGGCUCUGGAACUCAGCCCACACCAAUGGAGGGGAACACUGCAACCACAACGCCUCCUUACACAUACAACAAGGUAUGACAGCCGCAUCAGUCUGUCACGAGAAAAGAGGACUCCACGAAGCACCUGGUAAAUCUGUUAAAACAUCGGUAGCCAAAGUGUGCCCCUACAGUCACCCGCUAACUCAGAAUUCCAGUGGCUCUUCUGCUGGGACCCAUCUCUCUACCUCAGCUGACCUGUGCAAGACCACUCCCAAGCAUUUCAAGAACGUGUGCCGUCGACCAACGCCACCAGGUGAAGCCUUCCACACCAGCGACCAUCAUCAACACACAGACUUGUCAGUACCCCCUAAUAGUCCCACGGGCCUGUCUUCCCAGCAUUCCUCCCUAUUGCCCCCAAAGUCAAGUUCGGGACAACACAACCACGUAACCUCGUCAUCUGCCACCGGUGUCGCAGGCCACAACCCCUUCCCCCCUCUGGUACCAAACCUCCAUGGGCCCACAGCUAAAAGGGCUUCUCCCAGUCCAGACAGCCCAACAUCAGUUCACAAGCCCAGUCCGUGCAAAAACUCCCACAUUCCUGCUGUGAAUACACAACACAGCAAAUCGGGCCCAUCAGCAGCAGGUUGUAACCACCCUUGUAAUGGGCAUAAUACGGGAGGAACGGUGGCCUCUACAAAUGUGGGCAGUGUGUCAACUGGGGUCUGCAGGGACCAAGCAUGUAAGGGGCACAAGAUGACUAAUGGGACAAUGUAUGAUACAGUAGAGAUCGAGGAAGUCGAGGAUGAAGACAGCAGCUCUGAAAGGAGCUCUUGUGCCUCCUCUUCCACGAACCAGAAGGAUGGGAAAUAUUGUGACUGCUGUUAUUGCGAGUUCUUUGGACACAAUGCGCCCCCAGCCGCUCCAACCAGUCGAAACUAUAAUGAGAUCCGAGAGAAGCUCCGGUCGCGACUCACCCGACGCAAGGAGGAGCUGCCUCAGCGCCAGGACUCGGAACUCACAGGGUCUGGUGCUAUCGACAACCGGGAUGUGGAUGAAUUGCUGGACUUUAUCAACAGUUCUCAGCCCAAACCUGUAAACAGUGCCAAAGCGGCCAAAAGGGCUCGGCAUAAACAAAAGAAGAAGGAAAAAGCUCUUCAGGGCAACGUGAGUGCUGCCAACAGUGAUCCCCUCUCCAAUCCAUCAGAAUGCCUAGACGAGACCACGCCCGACACUGCCGAGAGUUCACGGUUAUUGGAUUGGCCCCAGCUAGAACUUGAGCGGGUCAACAGUUUUCUCACCAGUCGGCUGGAAGAGAUCAAAAACACCAUCAAAGACUCAAUCCGGGCCUCGUUUAGCAUGUACGAUCUAAAUCUGGACGUGAAUGAUUUCCCGAAAAAGGCAGCCACGCUGGAGGGCAACCAUUUAUUGUCCCAUCUGAACAGCUCCCCUGACUUGCAGCAGAUAGACCUCGACUUGGCCCCUCUUUCGCUGGGAACCUUUAAGAACCAUCUGGACCUGGUCAAUGGAUGGGAGGACACAAACGCUUCCCCAAACCCCACCACCACCACAGCUGCCAGGAUGACAGGCGUGUCCAAGGAUCUUCAACGCUUGAACAGUGCACCAAGUGUCUCCAAGCUCAGCAGAGUCCACUCCCCAGAAAAAUGCACUUCCUCCGGGUCUGACAGUUUUCCACACGUAGCGGCCCAUGUUACAGCAAAAUCAAAGGAGGACAUAUCCGAUUCUAAGAACAGCACUGUUGGGAAUGGCAGCACAAAGUCAAAGAAGAGUAAAAAGCAGCAACAGCAAAAACAGGAGCAAUCAUUUUCAGAGCACAAUUCCAAAGUCACUGAGUCAAGAGUAUCUGAAAUAAUCUGUAAUGGCUCAAAAGCUUCACUCAAACAGCUUCAGCAAGCAACGGACACCCACAAAAUCAGCCUGAAGAAAGCUGAGGAGAGCAGAUCGUCCAGAAAUGCGGCAGCCAAUGGGGGAAACAUUUCCCUCUCAAAUGCACACAAAGUUAAAGCUGACACAGAAAUGCGAACGGGGCGAUGUGAGCAGGAUUCCGAAAGCAAGCCUCAUCCUGCGGUUCCGGCGAACGGGCAGCAUCAGACCCAUUCGAAGGGGAAAAAUAAGAAGAACAAGAACAAGGGUGAAAAAUCCACUACUGCUAUUGAUGAUGUAUUUCUUCCAAAAGAUGUCGAUCCGACAGAAAUGGAUGAAAUUGAUCGAGAAGUGGAAUACUUUAAAAGGUUCUGUCUUGAUUCUGCGAAACAAACCCGCCGGAAGGUUGCUGUGAAUUGGUCCAACUUCAGCCUCAAAAAAGUUCCCUCCAAUGCAGGUCAAUAGCUGACAAGAGCCAGGAAAUAAAACUUCACACCACAAACUCUUUGAAUAGAGCUGUGCUCGGCCUGAGGCCUUCUCUCAUUCCCUGUUUGGUUAUUGUUGAGUUGAGGGAACUUGUUCACAAUAUCGCACUCGUUCAAAAGACUGACGUUCAACCAGUGGCUUUUCAGCCAGGGAUCAAUAUUAAGGACCGUUUUUUUCUUUGGGCUGUUAUGGCAAUGUUCACCAAGUUAAAGAUCCUAAAUGGGAAAACUAGUGUGUUUGUCCACUGCAUCCAUGUUAUGACGUAUGUAGUAUGUAAACAUUUACCUUACAUGAAUAAAUGUUUUUAUCAGAAAUUUUA